UGGAGGAGAUUAUGGGCCCCAUUCCCACAGGGCCAACUGCGGAGGCUCAGCGCUGGACUGAUGCCAGAGUCAUGGGACACAGAAGCCUGAACGUGUCGCUAUUCAGACUGGAGUCAGCACGACCCUGGCCGCUGCCCUGUGUUCGCCCUCCGGACCACCAAGAGGCACUGCCCAGCUCGAGGACAAGUUGGGCAUCUCUCGCUCCCGGUGGGUUCCGUCAGAGAGGGGCGGGACAGGAAGGAAUCCAAGGCUGGGGACAAGGGCAGGCCAUGUCUGGGCAUGACUCGCGGCCGUUUACCAGCUGGUAGGGUCUCUGGACCAGAGGACUGGGCAGCAGCGGUCGCCUCUGAAACAGGACUGCUUCCUUGCUGUUGGUUCUUGGAGUCAUCAGGACCACUGUGAUUCUCAUUGCCCUGGAGAAAAUGAGCUUAGAGAAGAAAGAUCGUAUCACCUUACAGGACCCUGAAGCCAAGUACCCCCUGUCCUUGAUUGAAAAGGAGCAAAUCAACCACAACACCCGAAGGUUCCGCUUUGGACUGCCCUCUCCGGACCAUGUCUUGGGGCUCCCUGUAGGUAACUAUGUCCAUCUCUUGGCCCAAAUUAACAAUGAAUUGGUAAUUAGGGCUUACACUCCUGUCUCUAGUGACGAUGAUCAAGGCUUUGUGGACUUCAUUAUAAAGAUAUACUUCAGAAAUGUACACCCCAAGCAUCCUGAAGGGGGAAAGAUGACUCAGUACUUAGAGAACAUGAAAAUUGGGGACACCAUCCUUAUUCGAGGGCCAACAGGGCGCCUGUUCUACCACAAGCCAGGUUACCUUACAGUCAAAACAGACAAAACGAGUGAGCCUGAAAGAAAACAGGUUCAUCACCUGGGGAUGAUUGCUGGGGGCACAGGCAUCACACCCAUGCUGCAGCUCCUUCGCCACAUCACCAAGAACAGCAGUGAUGGGACCAGGAUGUCCCUCCUCUUUGCCAACCAGACAGAAGAGGAUAUCUUGCUGAGAAAGGAGCUGGAAGAGACCGCCACAACUCACCUUGACCAGUUCAACCUGUGGUAUACCCUGGACAGGCCUCCCGAUGGCUGGAAGUACAGCUCGGGACUCGUCACUGCUGACAUGAUCAAGGAGCACCUCCCUCCCCCUGGGGAGGGAAUGCUCAUCCUGGUGUGUGGUCCACCACGUAUGAUCCAGGAGGCAGUUCACCCUAGUCUGGAACAGCUCGGCUAUACCAAGGACAUGAUUUUUACCUAUUAACACCUCCUCUAAUCCUUGGCAGGUCCCUCUCCUCUGUUUCAGAGUGAGUUUGACUUCACCCUGUUCACUGUUCACCUAUAGUAUCUGCAAAGUGGCUCUCCAUGUAGCCUUGGGCACGGUGCUGGUCUCUUGGGUGUGGACCUAAGAAGAGUUCAGAGGACUGGGUGUUUUGGGUGGCUUCCGCCUCUUUCUCCCAGUUUUGUGUAAUAAACUGGACUGCUCUGCACUUA